UGUUUUGAGUGGUUAUAUUCUGACAACAACCCUUGUGUUUUCCCCAGGAGUGUUGGGCAGGUAGUAUGUCACGUGACUUACAUCUUGCAACACGUAGAUGAUACUAUGUAUAGAGACACUAGCUAGGAGUGUGCGCUACUGUUGUAGUUUGGUUAGUUUAGAGUAGGUAAGCUAGGGCGUGUAGAGGCGCUGGAAGAAUUUUGUUUGGUGUUAGGUUAGUGGUUUAUUACUGAGGUAGUUGGGUUGGUUUUGUUGUGUUCUUUUCUUUAGCGCCACUCUCCGCCUCUCUCUCCUGUGGGAUUAUUUAUUAUGCUUUGGUUUUUGAUUAGUGUAAAUAUUGUAUAUACUUUGCCAUUCCCUUCUGUUCCUCAUUGUUUGAAUAAAUCCUUUUAUAUUAUACUUGGUUUACGUGUCCUUUUCCCUGGCCUAUUCACAGAAUGGAUCACAGUAUGAAUGUUACAGCUUCAACCCUAGACGUAUAAAAAGAAGCCGUAACAUUUAAUGGGGGCUCAUCCAGGAUAAUCUUCCCAAAUAGCUCAAAAUACUGUGGCCAUUUUGUGAAUUCUGGUGGAAUUUGACCAUGUUUGAGUUGGUAUAACGAGGUGACUUGCGUGGACUCGUGUGUGCUUGCGUGGAAUUACGGAGUAGUGUCUGUUUGCUGGCUGUGCAUCGUGACCAUGUUUAGCUUGUCGAAUUUCAUUGUUACUCCUUCAUUAGAGCAGAUUGAUCUAUGUCGGAAGCCAGAUUUAUUCCUGAUAGCUGACCACUAUCAGAUCGUUGUAAAUAGACAAGGUCUUAAAAGAGACAUAAAGAGUGAAAUACUAAAGCGCUUGGUAGAGUUAAAAAUUCUCCCCAUGUCAGACAUGGCUGAAGGCGGGGAUACCGGCCAGGUUGUAAGCUGUAGUGACGUUGUUGUUGGGCCUCUCACUGUUGGAGAUGAGGAUCCACAGAGUGGCAUAGCUAAGGCUGCAGCGGAGGGGCCUUUGAUCCAUUCUCUCCCAGCUCAGUUGACUCUAGAGGGGAUGCGCGACUGAAAGUCCGCCUGGCUCGGUUACAAUCCGAAGCCCAAGAGAGAGCCCAAACGCGUCAGGCUGAGAUAGCCAUGCGUCUGGAGGUGCGCAGGCUUGAAAUAGAGGCUGACACGCAGGUAAGGCUGCGACAGCUGGAUCUGGAGGCGAUGAAAGCGGCUGCUGCUGGGUCCGCUGCGCAGCCGACCCCGCCAGAGUCUAAUGCUUCUCCUCCGGUUGAUUCGUCCUCGCCUACGUUUGACGUCAGUAAACAUAUUGCAUUAGUACCCCAAUUUGGAGAAUCUGAAGUAGAUUCUUAUUUCAUUGCUUUCGAGCGAAUUGCUACUUCCCUUCGCUGGCCUAAAGAUGUUUGGUCGCUUCUGUUACAAUGUAAAUUGUUUGGUAAAGCUCUGGAAGUUUGCUCUAGCUUAUCGCUAGAGGAGAGUUUGAACUAUGAGACCGUAAAAUCUGCUAUCCUUCGUGCAUAUGAGCUAAUUCCAGAAGCAUAUAGGCAGAAAUUUAGGGGCCAUAAAAAGAAUUUUAUACAAACCUUUGUAGAAUUUGCACGAGAAAAAGGAAUACUGUUCGAUAAGUGGUGCACUGCUAGCAAAGUGAAAGAUUUUGAUUCGGUGUGAGAACUUGUCUUAUUAGAAGAGUUUAAAAGUUGUCUGCCGGAACGUGUUGUAGUUUACCUGAACGAACAGAAAAUUCUUUGUCACAUGCAGCUGUGUUAGCGGACGAGUUCGUUUUAACGCAUAAAACUGUUUUCACUUCUGUGCGCGCUGAGAAAACUCAGUCUGUUUCUCUCCAAUCCCAAAGUUUUCAUUCUAGAUCCGGUCCACCGCGAUCUCGGGAAAAUCGUGAGUGUUUCUAGUGCCAUAAAUCUGGUCACGUAAUAGCUGAUUGUUUGCCGUUAAAACGUAAAACGCAAUCCCAACCUAAAAGUGUUGGAUUUGUAAAGACUCUUAACUCAGCCGUUGCGGUGCCUUGUGAAGAAAGGAUUGAUGACAGUUGCACUCCUUUUAUUUUAAAGGGCUUAUUUCUUUGACGGGUAAUAGUGAGGAUCAGAAAGAAAUAAAAAUGCUUAGAGACACGGGUGCGAUGCAGUCAUUUAUUGUGGCAGAGAAAUUACAUUUUUCUGAGGAUACCUCCUGUGGUUCGAGUGUCAUCGUAAAGGGUAUUGAGAUGGGUUGCGUAAAAGUGCCGUUGCACCGAGUACAUCUGCAGUCCAAAUUAUGUACCGGUUUGUACGGGUUGCUGUUCGUCCUUCUCUUCCAGUAACCGGUGUUGACUUUAUCCGUGGAAAUGAUUUGGCGGGUGGUAAAGUAAUGCCUGUUUUAGAGGUUGUUGAUAAACCUGAUAUUUUCUGUCAGUCAGAGGAUGUGACUAACUCUGAUGUUUUUCCUGCAUGUGCGGUUACUCGCGCUCAGUCUCGAAAGAUGGGUGAUGUAGUUGAUUUGUCUGAUUCUUUUAUUCUUCCACUUUUCUCUGAUGGGAAACCUGAAAAUUCUGAUGUAUCUGAAGAACACAAGGAUAAUUUGAAGAGUUCUAAAGUAGCUGUGAGUGAUGUAGGAUUGUCAAAGCUGUCUAUAUCUCGAGAGGAAAUUAUUGCUUCGCAGAAAAAGGACAAAUCUCUAGUUCUUAAUUUUAAUUCCGUUGUUUCUUCUGAUGUGAUUAAAGACCAGAAAGUUGCCUAUGUUAUUGACAAUGGCAUGUUGAUGAGAAAAUGGUCCUCCAAAACAGAUAUGGAUUUAGAUUGGAAUACGGUGUAUCAAAUUGUUGUUCCUUCUCCUUAUCGCCAGCAUGUUUUAUUUCUAGCAUAUGAUCAUCCACUUGCAGGACAUCUUGGGGUUACAAUGAUGUACAAACGUGUUCUAAAACACUUCUUUUGGCGAGGUUUAAAAAAGGAUGUGGCUAGUUAUUGCCGUGCUUGUCAUGAUUGUCAAUUGGCCGGAAAGCCGAAUCAAGUCAUUCCAUCUGCUCCACUGGUCCCCAUACCAGCCAUCGGUGAGCCGUUCGAACAUGUGGUGGUAGACUGUGUUGGGCCGUUGCCAAAAACAAAAUCGGGUAACCAGUAUUUGUUAACUAUCAUGUGUAUAGCUACUAGAUUUGCAGAGGCGAUACCAUUAAGAAAAAUCACCGCUCCUGUUAUUAUUUAGGCCUUAGUGAAGUUCUUUACUACGUUCGGCCUACCAAAAAUUGUACAGAGUGAUCAAGGUACGAAUUUUCUAUCUAAGGUUUUUAAACAAGUAUUGCAGUCUUUGGGGAUUACUCAUCGUGUUUCAAGUUCGUACCAUCCAGAAUCCCAAGGUUGGUUAGAACGUUUUCAUCAGACACUAAAAUCAAUGCUACGAUAAUAUCGUUUGCAGACAGCUAGAGACUGGGAUGAGGGAGUUCCUCUGGUUUUAUUCGCUGUAAGAGAAACCGUACAGUAAUCUCUUGGGUUUAGCCCAGCCGAACUGGUUUUUGGUCACCAGGUAAGAGGGCUGCUCAAAGUUCUUAAAGAACAAAUGUUGUCAGUUGAUUCCAGUCCAACAACGAAUGUUCUGGAUUAUGUAAGUAAUUUCCGUGAUCGUUUGCAUGCUGCUUGCUCGCUUGCUAAGAAUCUCUACUCAUUGCGCAGAAGGGCAUGAAGCUCAGUGAAAAAGAAAAUAAGCUAAACCGACUACAUGAUCAAUACACCUGAUAGAAAACGGCAAACUCGUGCUCGGAGAACGCAGGAGAAAAAGCUUCGGAAAAGACUGAAGAACCAGCCGUCUCUUCUGUUGCUGUAACUGUGGAGCAGAUUUCAUCCCCCGAUGUGUCCGGUGUUAACGAGGAUGCCGUAGGACUGCGUAAUGCUGCUCAGCAAUGUGUAAGGUUGACAAAUUCCGAGAUGUUAAGAAAUUUAGAUUCUUUUCUUAAGCAUAUGUCUAUUGACCAGAAAGCGGACAUUGUUAAAUCAAUUUCUGACUUCAACUGUCUGUUUAGUGAUGUUCCUAAACUUACAAAUGUUUUGCAGCAUGACAUUAAGGUAAACGGUGCUCGCCCGAUUAAACAGCACGCGUAUCGCAUUAAUACAGUAAAGAGAUCCAUAAUGUGUCAGGAGGUGAAUUAUUUACUAGAGACUGGUCUAGCCAAGCACAGUUAUAGUCCAUGGAGUUCGCCUUGUUUACUCGUUCCUAAGCCAGAUGGUACGUUUAGGUUUUGUACGGAUUUCCGUAAAGUAAAUGCAGUAACGGUGCCAGACAGUUAUCCAUUACCCCGUAUGAAGGACUGUGUCGAUAAUAUAGGAUCUGCCUGUUUUGUGAGUAAGCUUGAUAUGUUAAAGGGCUAUUGGCAGGUUCCUUUGACUCCCUGAGCAUCGGAAGUUUCUGCAUUUGUAACCCCUGAUAGUUUUCUUCAGUAUACUGCCAUGGCUUUCGGUCUCCGAAAUGCGCCCGCGACUUUUCAACGUCUCGUGAACAUAGUAUUGGCAGGUGUACCAAAUUGUAAUGCAUACCUUGACGAUCUUGUUAUUUACUCUGCAGAUUGGACAUCACACAUGAGUUCAUUGAGAACAGUGUUCGAGCGUCUUGCAAGCGCUAAUUUAACGCUUAACUUGGCUAAGUGUGAAUUCGGCCAAGCUACGGUUACUUAUCUUGGAAAAGAGGUGGGUCAGGGACAGGUGCGACCUGUAGAAGCCAAGGUCACGGCUAUUUCGGAAUUCCCUGUGCCUACAACUCGUAGGGAGUUGUACAUUGUCGGUUAUUGUCAGCCCUCUCACUUCGUUGCUUAGCCCGUCUAAAUCCUGUAAGUAUGCGAUGGAUUGUGUAAAGACUCUAUGUAAUACCCCUGUUCUUCUGGCUCCGGAUUUCUCUCAAGGUUUUAAACUAGAAAUUGAUGCAAGCACUGCUGGAGCUGGCGCUGUUCUACUGCAAGAGGAUGUACAUGGUAUAGAUCACCCUGUUAGCUACUUUUCACGAAAGUUUAAUAAACACCAGUUAAAUUAUUCCACAAUUGAAAAGGAAACUCUUGCAUUGUUGCUUGCUAUACAACAUUUCGAGGUAUAUAUCGGAUCCAGUAGUUUACCCAUCAUCGUAUUUACUGACCAUAAUCCACUUGUUUUUCUAUCCCGUUUGUACAAUCAGAACCAGCGUUUAAUGCGGUGGUCUCUAAUAGUCCAGAAUUAUAAUUUGGAAAUUAGAUAUAAAAAUGGAUCUGAGAACGUUUUUGCGGAUGCUCUUUCGAGAGUUUAGACAUGUCACCAAGCUGGUUGGUUCUUAAAGGGUGGGAGUGUUGCGUUCCAUUGGAUGUUCAUGUGUGUGGGUGUUUGUCUCUCUCUAUUGGUUCACCUUCCUGUCAAUUUCUUAAGGUUCCGCCCUCUUUGGACUGCAAUUGGCUAGGGAGUUUAUCAACGUGUGUGACCUG